AGCGCUCAUUGGAGAGGUUUGGAAUAAAUUUCACCUGUAUGCUGGUGGGCAGAGCGUCCUCCUGUCCUGUCAGUCCUGCAUGUGAAAAACGGAGCCCCUGGCGGCUCCUCAGACAUAAAGAGCCCUUGCGUAAAGGAGCAGAGUGCCUGUAAGCCUGCCAUACAGCAACUAGUCUUGGCGGACCUGCUAGUUGGACCUGAGAGAAGAGGGAAAACAUAACUGGACCUCACCGCCUCUUUCAUCGACCGUGCGCCCCUAUUUGGCACUUCACUCGGCAUCUCGGCCGCUGCCAGAGCGUUUUAACACCGCCACGCACCGCACUGAACAAGUGAGCAGACCCCUCCAGUGUGGAGAGUGAAGAUGAUUCCUGUGCUGAUCUGCGCUUUGAUCUCGCUGAGUGUAGCAGACAACUUAGACGUUCUGUACCCUGAGCUGGAGCAUUCAAGAACCAUCUAUGUCACAGAAAAUGGCCCUCGGCUUUCGGUGGUGGCAGAACAGUCCAAGGUGGUGUCGAGGCGGGGGGGAAAUGCUACCUUACCGUGCAAGAUCCAAAGGGACCAGUCACUGGCACCCAAUCGCAAGAUGAGGAUCAAAUGGACCAAGCUGACCUCGGACUACCUAAAAGAGGUGGAUGUUUUUGUUGCCAUGGAUUACCACAAAAGAAGUUACGGCCGUUUCCAUGGACGUGUCCACCUGCAAGGCUCCUCUCCUAUGGACGCUUCUCUGGUCAUCACAGAAAUCACCCUGGAGGAUUAUGGCAGAUACAAGUGUGAAGUUAUUGACGGCUUAGAAGACGGGACAGCAGUAAUAUCCCUUGACCUGCAAGGCGUUGUCUUUCCAUACUUCCCUCGGUUGGGCCGCUACAACCUCAACUUCUACGACGCUGAGCGGGCGUGUCGUGAGCAGGACGCCAUCGUGGCAUCCUUCGACCAGCUGUACGAUGCGUGGCGAGGAGGGAUGGACUGGUGCAACGCUGGUUGGCUGAGUGACGGCUCAGUGCAGUAUCCCAUCACCACCCCCAGAGAACCCUGCGGCGGCAAGAACACGGUGCCAGGGGUUCGCAACUACGGCCUGAGAGACAAGGAGAAGAACCACUAUGACGUGUUCUGCUUCACCUCUAACUACAAAGGCCGAUUCUACUAUUUGAUCCACCCCUCCAAGUUGACUUACGAUGAAGCAGUCAGGGCGUGUCAAAAAGACGGCGCCCAGAUCGCCAAGGUCGGCCAGAUGUUCGCCGCCUGGAAGCUGCUGGGCUACGACCGCUGUGACGCCGGCUGGUUGGCUGACGGCAGCGUUCGUUAUCCCAUCUCCCGCCCCCGCCGGCGCUGCAGCCCGACGGAAGCCGCCGUCAGGUUCAACGGCUUCCCUGACAAAAAGCACAAGCUGUAUGGAGUCUACUGCUUCAAGGGCCACAACUGAGCUGUAGACACAUAGAGACGCACACAGACAACACAUAGACACAUGCAAGCAUGCACACACAGACACACACACAUGCACAUACACUAGUAAACACGCUAGUGGGAUGGAAAGGAGGCAGAGAAAGAGUUUGGAGGGUUUAAAUGGUAUGAAUAAACACAUUCAAACUGUGAUGCUUUAUUUCAUGAAAACCUUACAACAUGUUGUCAAGCAGAGUCAUGUUGAACCAUGUUGCUUUGUAAUCUGGGACCUAAUAUUCUAUGGGGGAUAGUUUACACAUAUUUAAGGUUCAUAUUAUUUAAACAGUUCCUAUGCAGGGGUGGGGAUAGUGGGGACUCGGGGAGGGAUGGGGCAGAUGGAGGACACGACACAGCCACAGCGAUACUGUCAUUCAACAGCGGACUAGGCAUGUCUUAUAGCUGGAAUCACAUGUCUGGACUGAGAGCAGUUUAACAGCAGAACUUCUCACGAUUGGACUGAUACUUUGGGCACUUAUGUUUUUUUGUUCAAGAUCUAGAACAAUUACAAAGCCAUGAUACAUAAGUCAAAACAGAAAGAAAGGAAGAUAGCUUAGAUCCUGUGACACUCAUCAAGUAAGAAUGCAAGCCUAGCACAACUAAAACGAUCUCUGCUGUCCAUCUUUUACAAGGUGCUAUUACUUUGUACUUCAUCAUACCGUCCAGUAUUUUAUGUUUUUGUACUAAUGUGUUGUGUAUGGACCAAACAUCAGUCUCACCACAGAAAUGGAUCAAAAAAUAUCCGACCAUUAGCAUUGUUUAUGUUUUCUAAGUAUGACUAUGUAGAAUGUGAUUAGCUAGAAAUGUAUUUCUGUUAAUGGACAUUUUUUGAUAUAGAAAUAUUUACAUUAUGGUUUUGUUUUCUUGGCCCAACUAUCUAUCCCAGACUCCUUCGUUUAGACAAAA